AUGAUCAACGUCGUAACCCGAGGAAGUGCCAGGCCCACUCAGAAACAAACGGAACUGCCUAAGGUAAGCCAAAAUAUGUCUGAAGCAGGCACAUCAGACCCAGGGGAGUUUAGUCGCCGUGAGUCGGGUGUAACCUCGCAACUGAAGAAGCAGUGUGCCUAGUACGUUCCUUAUGUCACAACACGAGUUUUUGUUCCUGUUCCAUAUACUCAUGUACGUUUUCAGAUAUUGAAACAAUAAUGAGCGCCGUUGUUUAUUUGCCACCCUCGAUGAGUGGGAGGAGAUGAGCCAGGACGAAAGGCUCUUAAUGCAACAAUGUCGCUCGCUGUACGAUUUUUUGUGCGUUGUUCUAGCACGGCCACGUUCAAUGAAGACGGUUAUUCUGAGCGUAAAACCGGACAGAGGAAAGAAAGGAAGACGGGUAUUUAGUGCGAAGGAGGGAUACCAAAUUUCACAAAAAGUGAAAAGUGGAGAAGACAUGGAUUCUGUUGAUUGCAAUGGUAAAUCCUACAUGUAACUUUUGUUUGUUGGAGGCCCCGUAUUGUGUGACUAAAGAGAAGAGAAACCGGAAUCAAUCAUUCUUCAAGCGAACUUAAAUGAACCCUUCACGUUCCAGUCAAAAGCAGAAGUCGUGUACCAUUUUGCCGUAAACUUCUACCCUGUAAGUCUUUUUUGUAUUCAUUGAGUAUAUUUCUGUUUAUUUUUAAAAAGUAAAAUGGCUUUUUUAGAAUCGAAAUGCAAGAGCAUUACUAAAAUUAUGCAGGAACAUGAAGUUCUCAAUUGUAUACCGAGUUGCGACUUCAGUGUCGUAAAUUUAGCAUUGAACAUUGAAUUGGUAUGACACAAGGAGGAAUACCAUCACCUACUACGACAGCAUGGGCUAUAUGGCUGGGGGAUUGGCAUAGCAACAGCAGGGAGCAUAGCAGCACUAUCGGUCGUAAUCAUCGAGACAGCGAAAACCCGAAAACUACUGCUUGAACACCAACAUUGCAUGGAGAACAUGUUCUUCCUGAACGCCGAACUUGUAAUGACAUACCAUGCAAUUUAUAAACUACAAGACCCAAGUGGAACCAUCAACCACAAUGUGCAAAACGAAUUGCAACAACGCUAUCCAACGGCACGUGUCGCGUACAGCGAAUGUAAGCUACUGCACAAAGGAAAACUGGAAGAGGACGGUAAGGAAGUAUACAAUAUAAAAAAUUGGGUACUUUUGCAUUCAUUGCCAAAGUGUGUUAAAAGGAUAAAGAAAGGUUUUAUAGAUCCGGGAAUACUAACGAUGGACGUAAAAAUCUGGUACGCGCCUAUGGGGGAGAAGAACUAUUUACACUCUACCGCAUAUACGACCAAGGAACAGCGAAAGGAAACCUGUGGAGAUAUAGGCUGUAUCCGUCGUCAGUCAGGCAUCAACCGAACCACACAAUGAUAGAAUGCAAACAAGGCCUUAAUUGCACCAUUUGUACUGAAGGCUGUGCCCCGAAGUGUUACUAUGGAGCCCCGAGUUACGCAGAGUGUCCGUAAUAGGACAAUCGAAUCGAACGAAGAGGGGAAGUCCCACGAAUACGCCGAAUCAGUGUUUCACGUAGUGCUGCCGCCACAUUGUCAACACGUCGAAGUCGACGGAGAAGUAUUUCCGCUGCCUACAAGACGUACCUUCUUUAUUGAUCUUGCGCGAAGACAUAAGCUUCAUGCAUGCGGCUGAAAAAUGACCAGUAAUGCCAUAACAGAGCAUUCUACCAUCCAUUAUAAACAUGUUACGGAACAAAAGGGGUAGAUUUUCCACCGGAUCCCCCACCCCCGGGGACUUUCGCAACGCUGAUAGGAGUAGUCGACCGUAUCUUGGAGCUGAUAAAAACGGACAUCGUAAGUUAAAUGAUUAAACCGAACAGAAGCAAACCCAUCAUUCAUAUGCUGGGACAGCGGUAACGAACAGACGCGAUCUUGGUUGUUUUUUAUUAUUAUUCUCAUAUUGAAGUUUAUAUUGUAGAAAUUGAACAAAACAUGUCCUUGUCCCGAGCCCUGUCGUCCCUUAGCCUCGACGAGGGAGCGCUCCAGCCACGCGACGAUGGCCGAGACCAAGCUCCAGAUUGAAAUGAGCAGGCGAUCAUCAACAAUGAGGCUUGGGUAG